UCAUGCCUAGUCGAGGAACAGAAUCUCAAACUCCAUAGAAGCACACAGUCCCUAUCUCUGCUGCUAAUUGCAUAUGUGGAGCAGACUGAGGAAGGUGCCAGAGAGCUAGCUGGGCUCGGGAACAGAAGCCUGCCUGCUGUGCUGGGUGCCCUGGAGGAACAAGGCCAUUUCAACUAACACCCCCGCCUCCCAGAACUCAACGGAACACGACAAAGAGAACAUGGCUGACAAGCUAAAGGACACAGGGACUCUGGGCUUCUUGGAGGCAGCUGUGAAAAUCAGUCACACCUCACCAGAUAUUCCCGCAGAAGUCCAGAUGUCCAUGAAGGAUCACCUUAUGAGACGCACACGGAUGCAGAGGCAGACAACAGAGCCUGCAUCAUCCACCAGGCACAUUUCCUUCAAGAGGCACCUGCCCAGGCAAAUGCAUGUUUCCAGUAUGGAUUAUGGUACAGAACUACCACUUGCGGCGGAGCAGCCAACUUGCAUCGGCCGGAUCAAGCCAGAGCUGUACAAGCAGAAAUCCGUGGACUCUGAGGACCCUAAAAAAGAGGCAGAAAAAAACUGUGGGAAAAUAAAUUUCGCUUUGAAAUAUGACUAUGAGAACGAGACCCUGAUUGUGCGGAUUCUCAAGGCCUUUGACUUGCCUGCCAAGGACCUCUGUGGCAGUUCCGACCCCUACGUCAAGAUCUACCUCUUGCCUGACAGGAAGUGCAAGUUCCAAACCCGUGUGCACAGGAAAACGCUCAACCCCACCUUUGACGAGUGCUUUCAGUUUCCUGUGCCCUAUGAGGAGCUGACCAAUAGGAAGCUUCAUCUUAGCGUCUUUGACUUCGACAGGUUUUCUCGGCAUGACAUGAUCGGUGAGGUGAUCUUGGAGAACCUCUUUGAGGCUUCGGAUCUUUCUCGGGAGACCUCCAUCUGGAAGGAUAUUCAGUAUGCCACAACAGUGAGUAGGCGGCUUUUGCCAUCAGUAUGAAGAGGCAAUA